GUCAUAUGCAAGUGGGAGCUGUCAAAAACCAGUGCACUGACAGAUUUGCCUUAUUUUUUGCGUAUUAUUGAAAUUAAAUUAUUGAUUGAUCUCCUUUUGCAAUAUUUACAAUGUCUGUUAGUGAAAGAGUACAAGAAGAGCUGGAGGCUUUAGAAGCAAUAUUAAUGGAUGAUAUUUCAAUAACAUACAAUGAAAAAGGUUAUCCUGAACUAGUCAAAUCCACCAUAUUUCCCUCCACUGCUGACGAUACAGAUAAACAAUACGUUUGUGUUACCCUUGAAGUAAAGUUACCAGAAAAGUAUCCUGAUUGUGAACCAAUAAUUAAUUUAAGGAAUCCCAGAGGUUUGGAUGAUUCAACUGUUAAUGAAAUAUACAGUUCCAUAAAGAUUAAAUGCAAUGAGUUUCUUGGGCAGCCUGUAAUAUUUGAAUUGAUAGAGUUGAUAAGGGAAAGUCUUACAGAAAGCAAUCUGCCUACUUGCCAAUGUGCUGUGUGUUUAUACGGGUUUUCAGAAGGAGACAGCUUUACAAAAACUCAGUGUUUCCACUAUUUUCAUUCCUACUGCCUAUCAAAGCACCUAAUCACAACCGAGAGAUUAUAUCAGGAAGAACAAGAUAAACUGCCUGCUUGGCAAAAGAAUCCAAAAGGCUUUAAUGCUGCAUGUCCUGUAUGUCGUGAAGGUAUAAUCUGUGAUGUAAACGAAUUAAAAACGUCACUUCCACCAAAAGACUUAGAAAAUGCUCAAAACUUUGAAGUUACUAAUGAUUUAAAAUUGCUGCAGCUAAAAAUGAAGGAGUUGUUUACUUAUCAAAAGAAAAGAGGUGGAAUUAUUGACAUCGAAGCACAAGAAAACAAGUUGCUGCUGAUUACAGUAACUGCAGAUAGUUCCACUCCUCCUGGUGAAGAUCCAGGUCCUAGUCUUACAAAUAAUGGUGCAAUGGAUAGUGAGGUACUCAGAGGCCAAAGAUGUGAUAAAAGAUUUAAUGUUAACAGAUGACCAAGGCAUUCCAUAAUAAUAAUGAAUAUAUGUUUAUUCAGUGUCAUAUUUGAAAUACUGUGUAUUUGUGCUCUCUAGUAUAAGUGGUAGCGUUUUUAUUUAUUUGGUUUACUUAUUUUUAUUAUAUUUAAUAAACUAUAUAACCAAAACUUGAA